CGCAAAUUCCACACCAAGGUCAAAACUGGCUGCAAGACAUGCAGGAUACGCCGUGUAAAAUGUGACGAGAAGCGGCCCGGUUGCCUCAAGUGCACCAGUACAGGCCGCACUUGCGAUGGCUACAUCCUGAAUCAGAUCGACUACCAAACACAAGUGUCCGGCUAUGCUCACAUGAGACUGCUGACUCCGAGCCAAGCGCUGACAACGCUUGUGGAGCCUGACGGUCAUGUUCACUACUUGGAAUUUUACUACCAUUGUGUUGGGCCUAUGCUCUCUGGUCGUUUCGACACAGAGUUCUGGUCGCGCACAAUACUGCAAAUGGCACAUGCUGAUCCUGGUGUUCGCUGUGCAUUGAUAGCUCUGGCGCACUUGAACCAGCAAGAGAAUGGCAGCUUGCAGCAUGCUCGGCAAACUGCAGCCAACGAAAACAAGUCUGAACGCAGGCUGUUCUGGUCAAACUACAAUAAGGCUAUCAGACACCUUGUUGACCAAAUGGCUCAGCCAGCGUUUUCAGCGGAAGUAGGACUCGUAAUCUGUCUGCUUUUCGCCUGCAUAGAGUUCCUACAAGCAGAACCCCACACAGCGUUCACUCAUAUCAGGAGUGGAUUGAACAUCGUGGCCGAGCUGAGACAACAGAACAAGACUGGUUCGUUGACACAGGCAAUUGAACCACGCCAGGUGCGAAUCAGCGUGCGAUCAAACAUGAUCGAACAAACACUGGUGCCUAUCCUUACUCAAGCUCUGGCAUCUGCUCUUCCCUACGGCGCAAGCCUUGACAAAGACUUCACUUUCCUUGAGUCUUGCCCACAAUACUUCCAAGGGCAUGCUUUUACCAGCCUAAUCGAUGCCCGGUCUUCGUUCUUUGAUCUGCGGAACGCAGCCAUUCUGCUAGCGCGGGAUAUGGCAGUCAAGCUGUACGGGUUGACGCCAGUAACACCGGCAGACCACAGGCGCCGAGAUCUUAUUCUGGAGCGCCACCGCAUUUGGCUGCGAGCUCUGCAAGCUUUCGAAAGUUCACAAGAAUUAUCUAAGAGGGACAUGCUGGCUAUCAGUGCCCUCAAGCUUGGAUACUGCUCCAGCUUCACCGCUUGCUCUUGUAUAAUGGACAAGACCCAACUGUCGUUCGACGCGCACCUCGCCAACUUCCAAGCUCUUGUUCGGCACGCUAGGGAUCUGACCAACUCGCUGGACCUGGACCGCCGCCGCCGACCAAGUCGAGCAUCCAAUGCUGCCGCCAACUUCACUUUCGACACCUCCUUCAUCCCUGCGCUCUUCUAUACUGCCAUACGUUGUCGCUGCCCUACUACGCGCCGCCAAGCUGUUAGUUUACUGGACCUUGAUCUGCCGCGCGAAGGCCUCUGGGAUCCGGAGCAGCACCGAAUCGUAGCUGAGCGUGUGAUCGAAAUCGAGGAAAUGGAAGUCGAUGCGAACGGCUGGCCCACAGAAGCGUCGAGGCUUUGCAUGAGCAGUGUUGGGACCGAUGUUGAUGAGUACAAUGGAUUCCAGGCGAACUUCUUG